CUACUUUUUCAAUGUCCUACCAAAAAAAACUAUUCCUCGUCUGAAGCAAAUCUUUCCACGUGUCGCCUAUACCAAAUGCCGGAAAAAAUGCAAAAAUGCGAACCCAAAGGCAAAUGACUUCCUAAAGCGUUGCUGUUUUCUUCGCCACAUCAUCAGAAACUUCGCUAACGUACGCUACCACCACUAAAAUGCCUGCCGGAGAACUCCGUUACCCUUCUCCGGUCCCUUCUACGCUCCCAUCUCAAGCGAUGGAAACAACCGUGGAGGAAGACGAGGCUUGGUUGUGGGCACAGAUAAAAGCCGAGGCACGCAGGGACGCCGAGUCGGAGCCUGCUCUAGCUAGCUACCUCUACUCAACGAUCCUCUCUCACUCCUCUCUGGAACGCUCGCUUUCCUUCCAUCUCGGCAACAAGCUCUGUUCCUCCACGCUGCUGUCGACGCUUCUAUAUGAUCUCUUUCUGAAUACUUUCUCCUCGGACCCUUCGCUUCGAGCCGCCGCCGUCGCCGAUCUGCGUGCGGCUCGUGUUAGGGAUCCUGCUUGCGUUUCAUUCUCUCAUUGCCUACUUAAUUAUAAAGGAUUCUUAGCUUGCCAGGCUCAUCGUGUAGCACACAAUUUGUGGACUCAAUCACGUAGGCCGCUAGCAUUGGCAUUACACUCUCGAAUCUCCGACGUUUUUGCUGUUGAUAUACAUCCAGCGGCGAAGAUUGGGAAGGGGAUUUUGUUUGAUCAUGCCACUGGUGUGGUGAUUGGUGAAACCGCGGUUGUUGGCAACAAUGUGUCGAUUUUGCAUCAUGUUACACUUGGUGGGACUGGGAAAGCGAGUGGGGAUCGGCAUCCGAAGAUUGGAGAUGGAGUGCUGAUCGGGGCUGGUGCAACCAUAUUAGGGAAUGUGAAAAUUGGGGAGGGAGCAAAGAUUGGAGCAGGGUCAGUGGUUCUGAUUGAUGUGCCUCCGCGGACGACAGCUGUAGGGAACCCUGCAAGGCUCGUGGGAGGGAAGGAGAAACCCUCGAGGCAUGAGGAAUGCCCUGGAGAGUCCAUGGAUCACACUUCAUUCAUCACUGAGUGGUCAGAUUAUAUCAUUUGAUCACCGAGCUUCACUUUCUUAGUUACUCUAUAUACUUAAAGCUGUUCUGUUGCUUCCACUAUGAUGUUGAAGACUUAAAGCUAUUAAAAGGUGUAUUCUGCUUCUUUCUUUUAUGUUAAGCUUCGAGUAUGCUGGCCUUGACUUCCAUUUUGAUCAUGUAAUGCUGUAAUAGAUAUGUAAACAACGAACAUAAGUACUAAUUUGCUAUAUCUUUUUACUA